AUGUCCUAUAACGUCCUUACUGGUUCACUUCCUUCUUCCCUGUUUAACCUGUCUUCUUUAUGUACUUUUUCUGUGCACAAAAAUUACCUUUCUGGAAGUUUUCUUGAUGUUGAUCUCUGCCAUUCUUGGCCUAGACUUCAAUUCCUUUCUCUUACUGACAACAAAUUCACUGGCCAGCUUCCUUACCUCAGCAAUUGUACAGAGCUUGUCAUAUUGUCUUUAUCACAAAACAAGUUUGUGGGAAAAAUUCCAGUAGAUAUUGGCAACUUCAAAAACCUUGAAGAACUUUAUCUUGAUUUUAAUGGCCUCACUGGUACUAUACCUCCUACCAUAGGUAACUUGUCCAGCUUGAAAUCCUUGGGUUUAACGCAGAAUAACGUUAAGGGAAGCAUACCUCGUGAUUUAGGACGUCUUUCUAGAUUGGUCAAAUUUUUGAUUCGUAGGAAUGGCCUAAGCGGACCAGUGCCUCCAGAAAUAUUCAAUAUCUCUUCUCUGCAAGUUAUUGAAGCAUCCGAUAAUGCCCUUUCAGGAAAGUUUCCUUCCUCUUCUGCAGUUCGGCUUCCUAGCAUUGAAUUCAUCUCUUUUGCUAACAAUAAAAUUACUGGACAUGUCCCAUCCUAUUUUGCAAAUUUUACAAAGCUCCAUUCAUUUCAGGUUAAAAACAACUCUCUCUACGGACCAAUUCCCAAGAAUUUUGGUAGCUUAAAUCUCCUCGAAACUCUUCAUCUCGGGGGAAAUCAAUUAACAGGAGAUCCCGGAGUUCCUACACUUGAUUUUCUUUCUUCUUUGUUUAAUUGCCCUUUCCUGAAAGAAUUAGUUCUGUCUGAGAAUCCUUUAAAUGGCACCAUACCAAACUCCUUUGGAAAUUCUUCUUCUCCUCUCCAGUUGUUUUGCAUAGACAAGUGCCAGAUUAAGGGCCACAUACCCAAGGGAAUUGGUUCUUUGAAAAGCUUGACGCGCCUUUGUUGGGCUAACAACAAUCUGAGUGGAAAUAUACCAGAGUCAAUUGGAGGUUUGGAGAGGCUGCAAAGAUUGUAUCUUGGCAACAACAGUUUAGAAGGCUGUAUUCCAGACGAGCUUUGUCUUUUGAGGAACCUGGGAGAACUAUCACUACAAAACAAUAAAAUCUCUGAAUCAAUCCCAAAUUGCAUAGGAAACCUCAACCUCCUUCAGAAAGUUUUCCUAAGUUCCAAUAGAUUGACAUCAUCAGUACCGUUGGGUUUAUGGGACCUUGAAAAUCUCCUGUUCUUAGAUCUGUCAAUCAAUUCUUUUUAUGGGAACUUACCUCCAAGCUUGAGCAAGUUGAAUGCCAUUCAAGAGAUAGAUUUAUCUCAAAACCAAUUUACCGGAAACAUUCCAAGCACCAUAGGCAGUUUGCAAACUCUGAGCUCUCUUAAUCUGUCACAAAACUUCUUUACAGGUUCUGUUCCACAAACUUUUGGUGAUCAGCUGAAAGGGUUGGAAUUGUUGGACUUAUCAUUCAAUAAUCUUUCUGGUGCAAUACCAAACUCUCUUGAGAAACUCAAAUUUCUCAACUACUUAAAUCUCUCGUUCAACUACCUCUCCGGAGAGGUCCCUUCUGGGGGACGUUUCGUCAACUUCAAUGCCCAGUCAUUUUUGGAGAAUAAAGCACUAUGUGGGAGACGAGACCAUUGCAUCAACACUGAUUCUCAUAGCCCUCUGUUGUAUGUUGACAAGGUAUGGAAAAGAAAGAGAGGCAAGACUCCGAGUUCAGUUGAACAGUUAACAACAGUGGAGCAUAUUGUGAUAUCAUAUCAAGAACUCCGUCGGGCUACAAAUGACUUUUGUGAAAGCAACUUACUUGGAGUGGGAAGUUUUGGCUCGGUGUACAAGGGGAUACUGUCUAAUGGGACAACCAUUGCUGUCAAAGUUCUUAAGCUGGAAAUGGAGGGUGCUGUAAAAAGUUUUGAUGCAGAAUGCAAGGUGUGGAGAACAAUCCGGCAUAGGAAUCUUGUAAAGGUCAUAACUACAUGUUCUAGCCCUGAGGUCAGUGCUUUGGUGCUGCAGUACAUGUCUAAUGGCAGUCUUGAGAAAUGGUUAUACUCUCACAACUACUGUCUCAGUAUUCUGCAAAGAGUGAGCAUGUUGAUCGAUAUUGCAUCUGCUUUGGAAUAUCUCCAUCAUGGCCAAGCAGAAGCAGUGGUGCACUGUGAUGUGAAGCCUGGGAAUAUCCUUCUUGAUGAAGACAUGGUAGCACAUGUUGCAGACUUCGGUCUUGCAAAAAAUUUAGCAAAAAACAAAGAGGAAACACAGACAAGAACCAUCGGCACUCUGGGCUACGUAGCACCAGAGUAUGGUUCUGCCGGAAAAGUGUCCAAAAAGGGUGAUGUCUAUAGCUUUGGGAUAAUGCUGCUGGAAAUAAUGGCGAGAAAGAAACCCACUGAUGAAAUGUUUGCCGGAGAAGUUACUUUGAGGCAAUGGAUAAAUGUCUCUAUCCCUGAUAAUGUUCUGGAAGUGGUGGAUGCUGGCUUAUUGAGCAUAGAAGAGGGAAGAGACAUGAAUGCCACAGAAAGUAUCCUAGUGUCCAUCCUCGAAAUAGGCUUGACGUGUUCGGAAGAAGUAGCAGAGGAUAGAAUGGACAUUAAGGAUGUGGUGCCCAAGCUCAAGAAAAUAAAAUUGGCACUACAACAUUGAGUCAGAUCGAGGUGUACUUUAAUAUCCAGAGUUUAGCCUUGUUUUUUUUUUGUUUGCACAACUUUGUUAUUUCUCAUUGUCUUUCCUAUACAUAAGUUGGUUGGUGUGUUCAAUGUCAGUAAUUAUUUCCAUAGUCUGAUUGCCUCAAUAACAAAAUUGAAAUCAUUCUCGAGGACCGGAUAAUCACUGUAACAAAAGUUAAUCUAUCCGCGUUCUUUUGUCUUUUGUCUCUGAGGCAUUUCAGCAAGCACAUUGUAGCCAAAAUAGUUAAUACACUGACCUGAUUACAUAGUUGGUAAAAACAUCCAUGCAGUUGCUCUUGAGAUCUGCCCACCAAGGUUCAAAUUGAAAGCUUCUUGCAAACAACAAACAUCAGAGCACAAAAGUGGAAUACUCCAUUGAGCUCAUGUAAGCGGGGUUGGUGAUCGGGCACGCAAUCAUGGUUGCUUGGCUAGGGCGCCCACCGGAUUGAUUGGGCAGUGAUGCCGACCUCGAUGGAAAGCUCUGUUUUCGCUGGUUCGGGUUGUAGGGAUGGAGGGUGGUAGGUUGGGCCUUUGGGCUUCAACCCACUUCUCUUUCUCUCUCUAGCUUGGGCUGAGUCUUUUGAGGGUUUGUCAUAUGCUAGUCCUAUAUUGUCCUAGGUCAAUCCGUCAAUGCUGGUUAGCUGUUCUUGACGAGUGGAGAUGUACACCGCAGAUAUUUAGCGUUGUCAAGUAUGUUGUUUCAAUUUAUGGUAGUAUACUAGUAUAGAAAUAACAUU